CUGGGGGUGGGGGAAAUUAAAUGUUGCUUUGGGCCCCAAAAGGCUCGUGAACGGCACAAGACAAUUUACUGUUAUAAAGUAUAGAAAGGAGAGAGGUUGAAGAUCUUUUCCUCAUGAAAUGAAUUAUGUGAUGGCAGCAAUAUAGCAAUAACAUCGUGUUUGAACUACUUACUGUAUGUAGAUAUGACUGUAUCCAGUCUCUGAAUAAUGGCUCGACACUCGGAACAAUUUAUUAUGUAACCAUUUACCCCAAGCGUAGAAAGCCGGUGCACCAUGUCCCACCCUCUCUUUCCUCCCUCUUUUUUUCGGCGUGUUUCAGAAUGGCUACUCGCAAGGAAACACCGUCGACACCAACCGCCCCGAUGGCUUCCACGUCUCCGGGAGCGACUUUAGAUUCACCUGUGAAACAGAUUCAGAUCGAAGGGCUGGUGGUCCUGAAGAUGAUCAAACAUUACCAGGAGGAGGGUCAGGGCAGUGAGGUGGUUCAGGGUGUACUACUGGGCCUGGUAGUGGAGGACAGGUUAGAGAUCACCAACUGUUUCCCCUUCCCUCAACACACCGAGGACGACGCCGACUUCGACGAAGUCCAGUAUCAGAUGGAGAUGAUGCGGUCUCUUCGUCAUGUCAACAUUGACCAUCUUCAUGUGGGCUGGUACCAGUCAACCUAUUAUGGAUCAUUUGUCAGCCGGGCCCUGCUGGACUCUCAGUUCAGUUACCAGCACGCCAUCGAGGAGUCUGUCGUUCUCAUCUACGAUCCCAUUAAGACCGCCCAGGGCUCCCUGUCCCUGAAGGCUUACAGGUUAACGCCCAAACUGAUGGAGAUCUGCAAGGAGAAGGACUUCUCAGCCGAGGGAUUGAAGAAGGCCAUGAUUGGUUUUGAGCACAUGUUCGAGGAGGUUCCCAUCGUGAUCAAGAACUCCCACCUGAUCAACGUUCUGAUGUGGGAACUGGAGGAGAAGUGUACUGUGGCCGACAAACACGAACUGCUCAACCUCUCCAGCAGUAACCACCUGGAGAAGUCUCUGCAGCUCCUGAUGGACAGAGUGGAUGAUAUGAGUCAGGACAUUGUCAAGUAUAACACCUACAGCCGUAACCUCAGCAAGCAACAGCAGCAGAAACACCAGUAUAUCCAGCGGCGCCAGCAGGAGAAUGCUCAGAGACAGACCAGAGGAGAGACUCCUCUACCAGAGGAAGAUGUCUCAAAGAUGUUCAAACCACCACAGCCCCCUCCUCGCAUGGACACUCUCCUCAUCGCAGGACAGAUUAACAAUUACUGCCAGAAUGUGAAGGAGUUCACCUCCCAGAACCUCGGCAAACUGUUCAUGGCCGAGGCUCUUCAGGGACACAACAGCUAAAGGAGAAGACUGGAGGAGGAACCGAAACACACAGGAGAUAAACCCCCCUUUCACCCAAUCAGAAUGAUCCAUACAGGGCUGUGUUCUAAAUGGUACCCUCUUCCCUACUGGUCAAUACUAGUACACUACUGGUCAAAACUAGUACACUACUGGUCAAUACUAGUACACUACUGGUCAAUACUAGUACAGUACUGGUCAAAACUAGUACACUACUGGUCAAUACUAGUACACUAUAUAGGGAAUAGGGUGUAAUUUUGGGAUGCAUCCUAUGAUUGGAGGAUUGAUGUGAUGCUGUUAGAUUUGUUAAGAAAUUAAAAUAACGACGUGACCAACAUUAUUAUUCAUUAUUAAGAGAACAUGUUCCACGUUCUCCAAAAGAUGAGUUAUUUGAUAUUAUUGUAACUUUUAAUAAACAUCUUUGCGUCUCCUCACA